AUGUCCAGCUCUGCCACUUCCGCCGACUCGGACAUCUCCUCUGUGCUCUCCAGGGCCGAAAAGCGCGCGCCCUCUCCCUCCCACUCGCCCCACCCCAAACGCCAGCGCGCCAGCGUCGCCGUCGAUCAACAGGUCUGGGACGCGGAUCCGCACCAGGCUACUACCCAGUCCGACGCCGUCGACGGCUCGUCCUCGCCCAAAAUACAGCUGCCGUCCAUCUUCUCCGCGUUCGAGGAUCCAUUCCGCCAAGAAGCCCGCCGCGCUUCCCUGCCCGCCCUCUCUUCAGAAGCGCCCCGUGGCAGGCUCCCUGCAUACCAGACUUCUUCGCGUGCCCAGCCCUCUGCCACCCACCCCCACGUCCCGUCAGCCUUAGCCUCGUACCAGUUCCCGCCCACCCAGCCCCAGCCCCAGCCUCAGUCCCAGCCCCAGUCCCAGCCUUACGCAGACGACGAGAAGGCGUACCGGCCCAGACUCAGCGCCGACACCCAGCUCGGCCUGUCCUUCUCCGACCCGUCCUCGUCGCUGCCCAGCGCAACGACCGCGCUCUCUGGCCCCGCCAACGCCUCCUCCAACUACAGCUCGCCCCUCUCCCCCGAUUACACACUGCCCCGCUCCCAGGGCCUUCCACCCCUCCAGUUUUCCGAAUCCGAUCACUGGUCCACCCAUCCCUCAUCGGUGUCCCUUCCCGGCAUCGUCCGUCCCAGCUCUACCCCCGGACACACCCCCGCUCUCGGCCUUAAGUACGAGGACUCGAUCCGCCACACCUCUCUCGCCGGACCCUACAACAUGUCCCAAAACAACAACUCCCAGUCCGCUUCCAUGUAUGGCGGCGCCGCGCGCAUAUCGGGCCAGGAUCGCAGGACCUCCUACGCCCAGUCCUCCUCCACAGAGGGCACAAAAGACGACUGGAGUUUCCCCUCCCCCGACUUCCUCCUCCCGUCCACCAACAUCUCGUACGCGACCUCCGCCUCCACCAACAGCGCAGGCGCCAGUCCCUCGCCUUCCCGCUCUCCAGGCACCGCCUCCGUCCCCCCGCCCCCGCCCCAGCUCGAACGCCCCACCAAGAAGCGUGGAAAGCUCCCCAAGGCCACCACCGACUUCUUGAAGGACUGGUUGCACCGUCACUCAGACCAUCCUUAUCCCUCCGAGGAGGAGAAGAAGCAGCUCUGCGCCGCCACCGGCCUGAGCAUGAGUCAGGUCUCCAACUGGAUGAUCAACGCACGCCGUCGCAUCCUGGCUCCCGUUCGCCCUGCCUCUGGCCCGUCCACGACUCACCCAUUGCCCUCCCAGCGCGGCUCCGUCUCCCACCCGCCUGUCUCCAAUGCCUCGCUGCUCGCCGCCAACCGCCGUGCAUCCCUCCCGGGCGAGGGCAUGCAGCUCUACCACCCUCUCUCCUUGCAGUCUAUCCCCGCCUCGUCGCAUGCGUCCCUUGGCAGCGAUCCUUACUACAACACGUCUCAACGCAGCAUGCUAGGCGUGGGCGGCAGCUACGGCCGCGGUUACAGCGGCUACACGCAGCAGCAGAGCAGCCUCUCCUCUUCUGCAUACACGUUUCCCACUCCCGCCGCUGUCGCGUCUCAGCAGCAGCAGCAGCAACAGCAACAGCAGUCGUCUUACAUGCCCUCAGGCAUGCCGAUGAGCGCUCAACAAAGUCAGCCACAGUAUCUGUCGUCGCAGCACGGCCACGGUCAUUCCCUUGGCGGUCUCUCGCAUCAUGUGCCGUCCAGCGGGCAUGGGAUGUACACGCAGCAUCAGCAACAGCAACAGCAAUAUAUGCAGGAUAGGGAGGGACAUCAUACUCCCACCGGCUCAGGGUCUGGCUAUCACACGCCACAGUGA